CAAGUAUAAUAGUUACUACUCAUCAUGAUGAGGAAGACCAAAACGGUGGAGAAGAGAGACACCACCAGAAGGAAUACCACCGGAGGAGAAACUUCCGGUGGCGGCCGCGGCGUAAACAUGAGAAACAACGCCAGGUUUCGGUACGCCGAAUGCCGCAAGAACCACGUCCCCGCCGCCAACAUAGGCGGAAACGGCGCCGUCGUGCUGGACGGCUGCCAGGAGUUCAUGGCAAGCGGUGGCGUUGAGGGGACUUUCGCCGCCCUAACUUGUGCUGCUUGCGGCUGCCUCAAAUUCUACCAUCGAAGAGAGUGAUUUAUAAUUAAGUUGUUAUUACUUGUAUUACUAUAUACUCCGUAUAUAUAUAUAUAACGUGCAUGCAAUAAUGGGUUGUUACUUGU